CCUGAUAUCGUCUAUCGGUCCGCACUGACAACAAGCAAUGCCGAAGGAGAAGGAAGAAAAGGAGAAGCGAAAGAUUGCAGAGCUACGUGGGCGUUUGGUAGACCUACUUAAACACGACUAUGACGACUAUGAUCUGCGUAAAUGGCUCAAAGCCCGUGGUUUUGACGUCAACAAAGCUGAACAGAUGUUUCGUACUAGUGAAGCCUACAAAAAGAAAAUGAAGGUGGAGACUUUAAUGGCUGAAUACGAGAUUCCAGAGGUAAUCAAGACUUACCUCACCGGCGGAUUCUGUGGUCAUGACAAAGAAGGUUCUUUGAUUCGAGUAGAGCUGUACGGGCACUUAGACAUGAAAGGACUUAUGGCAUCAACUCGAAAGUCUGACUUGGAAAAAGUUAAACUGAUGCAAUGUGAAAAGACGAUUGAAGACUGGGAAAUCAUGAGCAAAAGGUUAGAUCGGCGUGUGGACGGACUCACAGUGAUAAUGGAUAUGGAAGGCGUCACCACCAAAAUGAUGUGGAGACCAGCUCUUCAGAUGUAUCUCCAUCUGGUGAAAGUUUUAGAGGACAACUAUCCGGAAAUGCUGAAAAGACUGUUCGUGGUAAACGCUCCGUCCAUUUUCCCUGUAUUAUACAAGCUUGCUCGACCUUUAAUAAGCGAUGACAUGAGGAAUAAAAUACACGUGUUAGGAGGUCACUUCAAGUCUGACUUGAUAAAGUACAUCGAUGCGGAUCAGCUGCCAAUGUUUCUAGGCGGAACUCUUACAGACCCGGAUGGGGAUCCGAGGUGCAGAACAAUGAUAUGCCAAGGAGGUGAAGUCCCAGAGAAAUAUUACACGGAUGUCAAAUCUCUGUACGAGGCCAUGGAAUUGGUGACCAUUGCUGCUGGAAGUAGUCACACCAAGGACUUCCAAGUCGACACGCCAGGGAGCCAUUUGACAUGGGCAUUUCGGUCGGAGGAUUACGAUCUGGGUUUCGGCGUUCGAAUCACUACCAACUCCUCCGCAAAGCCGAAGUUUCUGGUUCCCAUUCAGAGGGUUAACAGUCACCUUGUGGUGGAGGAUGGCAGUAUUGUGUGCGAUGUACCAGGAACAUACACACUUGUCUUCGACAAUACCUUCAGUUGGACGCGUGCCAAGAAAGUGUACUUUGAAGGUGAUGUGGUGUCGGUGGACGAGGGAUACGUAAAGUCAGAAAUCCAUGACCUGGUAGAAGCAGGCGACUGGGAGACUUUGGAACAGAAGUUUGAAACCACCCACUUCUGAGAUGUUGACAUCUAGACAAUAGCCUUGCUCUGUGAAAAGGGGGUUAAUACAUGCGCGUAAAGUGUCGUCCCAGAUUAGCCUGUGCAAUCUCUUUUUUCAAUCAAUAAUAUUUAAAGCGCAAUGAUUCUGCUUUGAUAGCAUGCAAAUAGUUCAGUCAAUAUUGUGUGUUCAUGGACGUUCAUGUAAACUUAGGACAUCAGAAACGCUUUAGCUCGUUAUAUUUUUGUGUUGGUAUUCCGUUACAUUAAAAACCUGUCUUCUUUUGAACCACUUUGGAGCCCGCUGUGUGAUAACCAGUAUUUAUGUGUAUUUGUAUUGAUCUUCUUAAUACUCAUAGAGUGGCGAUAUACCCCAUCCUGAUCGAUAAGCGAACGCCAUAACCACUAUGCCGUGACUUGUAUAGGUUACCCAAACUAUGUUGCCAGUGGGAAUGCUAUGUUAUUGUCCCCUACCGGUUUCACCGGAGGGGACUUAUGGUUUGCGCUCUGUCCGUCCGUCAGUCCGUCCGUCCGUCAGUCAGUAACACUUUUCUGGACCCUGCGAUAACUUUAAAAGUUCUUAAUAUUUGUUCAUGAAACUUCAUACAUGGAUAGAUGGCAAUAUGGACAUUAUGCACAUCAUUUCAUUGUGUUCCUACGUCUAAAAUUCUGGUCGCUGUGGCAACAAAUAGACUAGAAAUACUGCUGAAAAUGGUGGUUUUCUGCAUCCUGCGAUAACUUUAAAAGUUCUUAAUAUUUUUUCAUGAAAAUUGAAACAUGGAUAGAUGGCAAUAUGGACAUUAUGCACGUCAUUUCAUUUUGUUCCUACGUCGAAAAUUCUAGUUGCUAUGGCAACAAAUAUAAAAAAUAUAUAUAUAAAUUCUGACAGUGGUGGAAUUUCUGACAAUGGUGGAAUUUCUGACAAAGGUGGAGCCGGAAGGGGACGUAUAUUGCUUGGCAAUAGUCUUUAUAUAUAUAUAUUUUUUAUUGUGUUCGUGUUACAUCCAGUGCGUAUACCUCAAUCUUCAGGAUACUAUUUAUUGUGUUUAUUCUUUCAAAAUUCGUACAGAAACACAACUUGGAGCGAGAACGCGUUUACAUUCCUUAAUUGAUGAACAGUACCAAGUCUGCAUGUGAUAGACGUUCUAAUAUAUUUAACAUGUAUGGAUUAUAUUAUUUAUCGUACAAGUUUUACAUGAUAUGUAUGCAUACGUUUAUAUAUUAAAUAUUUAUGUAUUUUUUACAUAAUGAAAUGAUAUUACAUAAUUAUGUUUAUGUGAAUUCUUUUUGAGUGACAGUAUGUAAAUGGCAUGUCCAUGUGGUGCAUAAAUUUAUUAAAUAUGUUUAACAUAUAAUGUUGUAAAAGUAACAUC